AUUGAGUUGGAGCAGUACCCCACGGGGCCUCACAUUGCCUCUCGCAUGCUCUAUGAGAUCCACACGCGCUUUGAUGACGUGGAGGGGCGUACAGUGCUCGACCUCGGCUGUGGGUGCGGCACCCUAGGGAUUGCCGCAGCCAUGCUGGGUGCAGAGUAUGUGGUGGGAGUGGACGCAGAUGACUCAGCCAUUGCCACAGCACAGGCCAACUGUCAAGAGUAUGAGAUUGACAUGGACUUCAUUCAGGCGAAACUCCCCCACUUGUCUCUCACUAGAGGCUCAGUUGAGGUGGUGGUGAUGAACCCGCCCUUUGGCACGAGAACCAAGGGUGCUGACAUGCUCUUUUUGGCAGCAGGGCUCAAGGCUGCGUCAGUAGCCGUUUACUCGCUGCACAAAUCAUCGACUCGAGAGCAUGUACAACGGGCAGCGCUAAGAGAUUUUGGUGCAAAGAGUGCUGAAGUGUUGUAUCAG